UCUAGAACGCAUUGUGUAUGAAACAUAAAAUAUGAUGUCAUUUGUUUGUAAACUGAUGUUCUGUCUCACAGUGAAGGAUAGCAUUGCUGAAGAUCAAUUUUCAGCGCAUCUCGCGUCAUACUGAUUGGCGUGAUGGCUGCUCUUGUUUAUAGUUAAUUCACGGAGUUAAUUCAUGAAGGAUCCUGAUAUGAUGUGUGUUUUUAUCGCCAAGUACUAUUUAGAUUAACUGUAAACUGAUUACGAAUUCGUAUCUUGUGCAUACACAAAGAGGUGACUCGAAAUAGCAAUAAUGAGAAACAGGAAGAACAAAUUCAAACCACAAUCACCCUUUAAAGAAAAAGAAAACACUCUAAAGUUAUGCGUCCGCUAGAAGGCGUUCCUCGAGACACUUCGGUAAGAAGAGGUAGCUGGCCGUUGAUCUGGGAACAUGAAGGAAAAUGUGACAAAAUGAGUAAUUCCGAUAUAAUAACCGCUGCGAAAAAUGGAGACAUCCAGACUGUGAUUAACUGCAUCAACUAUGGUGUAUCGGUGGACACGAGAGAUCAGGACAAUGCCACACCGCUGUACUGGGGCUGUUGCCGUGGACAUGCGAAGCUAAGUGCCGAGUUGAUAAAACUUAACCCUGACGUCAAUGCCAAGGUCACGUGGGGCUCUACUGCGUUACAUGCGUCAUGUGAUCGAGGCCAUAUUGCUUGUGUCACAUUGCUAAUUCAAAGUGGUACUGAUUUAGAUAUUCAAAAUAAGAGUGGCAAUACUGCUCUACAUUUGUCGGCGUACCGGGGCAAUACUGAGAUAGUGAAACUGUUGGUACAACACGGUGCAAAUGUAUUCCUCCGCAACGUAAAAGGGAGAAGUGCCGCGGAAGAAGCCGAAGUGGGGUCGCACAGAAUCACAGCACAAUUCCUUCACAGAAAAAUGCAAGAUUAUGAAGUCAAAUGGAGAGAAAGUGAAAGCAGAGUCCACAGCUGCCCAGAAAUUUUAAGACAGAAAAUGGACCAAUCUGGUACAGAAUCAGCAGUGAUAAUGGAAGAUACUGAAAAGGAGAGGUGUCAGUCAGUUAAAUCAGAGUGUUUCUCUUACAAAAGUCAGACCGAUUGCGAUAAAACGUGUUCUUGUGGGGAAAGAAGCGUUAAAAGCAACAGUAACAAUUUUAAAGAUAAUGAUAUUCUGAGAGGAAGUAAUGCACCAACCAGUGGAAAUGAUCGAGAAACCCUUGUUGCAUUGGUAGAAAACCUGCAGUUUCAAAUAGUUAAAGUCAACGAGGAAAUUGUUCAGAAGGAUAGAAAAAUUAAAGAGCUGAUUGCAGCUAAUGAAGAUAGGAGCACAGAGAUCGGGAAAUACAAAACUGUGUGCAAGAGACUGAGUGAGCAGAAAACGACAUUAGAGGAGAAAAUGAACAUGUACACCUCUAUUGCAGACUCAAAUGAUCACAUGCAUAGUUUCCUUCAAGAGGUCACACAAAACAAUCCCAGUUGUUUCUUCAAGGAUAGUUAUUUUCCGAUCUUAAAACAGAAAGUCAAACAAAAGUGGUCUGAGCUGUCUACAAAAACACCAAUAGACACUCCCAUGAAGGAGUGGUUUCCAGGAACCGAUUAUGUGGUUAAUGGAGAUCGACCAAUCAAAUCAGAGAAAAAUGGUGUUAAAUCCUUGACUUUUCUCAUCAAGCAUUUAAAAUCUGGAAAGUUUUGUGAUCUAAAGAUGACGUUGCUUAAUGACAAUCCAAAUGCCUCAGCCUACAGAUGUUACCCCGUAAACCAAAGUCCUUCAAAAGUCCCAGAACUCGGCAUACUUUCUGACAUACAGCAUCCAAACAUCAUGGAUUCAGUACAUAUCUAUCACGGUACAACGGACAGAUUUCGCAAAUUUUUAUCCGUGCUUGUCCCACAACCCUCAGGGGUACCAAUUCCUAGGCAGGCUUUCUUUCUUGUGACGGAGCACUAUCCUCAUACCCUUCAGUCUUUCAUUACAGCACAGCGGGGUGUUGCUCCCCUUCCUCCAUACGGGUUAACAGAAGUGUUUCUAUGUUCUAUGAUAUACCAGAUGAUUUCUGGAAUUUGUUAUCUGCGAAGAUUUGGAAUUGUUCAUAGAGAUCUACAUCCAGGUAAUGUAUACAUGACCGAACGAUUUUGUCCGGUUCUGGGGAAUUUUGAAAUGGCCACGUGUGUUCUUGACGAUGAUAAUAAAUAUUUGGAGCUUCACAACACAAGCCAAAUUACGACAGGAAAUCCAAAUGCUUGGGCACCUGAACUUUUACAAUACAAGGCAAAUUCACAGCAGUUGAUAUCGAAUAAGGUAACACUGCGGAUUAUAUAUGACAAAUCAGAUCUUUACGCUAUCGGAAGAAUGCUACACACAGUUCUUCUUUUACCGGAAGCUGACAAGGAGUUCAACGAGUUAAAAGAAAGGAAUCAAUUUUACAAAUCACAAGAAAUCCCGGAACUUCCGCUCACAUUAUCACGUGGGCUGAAGACCUUGCUGAAAAAUAUCGUUUGCAGUAUUCCCUCGAAUAGGUUGAGCGACCAGGAAGCCAAGCUCUUUAUUGGAAUUCUCCUAUUUGCUCCAAAGACCAAACAGCUCUCAAGUAUUGAGGAAGUUCAGACAUAUUUUCAUUCACGCAUGCUCAGUUUGUUGGCGAAAGACCGAAGAAUAUUGGACACAUCACACACAUUGGACGAAAUCCAACAAAUAAUUCUUCCGGAACUGGAAAGCGACUUUUUAUCUGAAGUAGUGAACCAAUCGUACUUUGCGAUGUACAAUAGACUCUGUUCCCUGAAAUGUUUACAUGAAUAAACAUUGUUCUGUUCCCUGAAAUGUUUACAUGAAUAAACAUUGUUCUGUUCCCUGAAAUGUUUAUAUGAAUAAACAUUGUUCUGUUCCCUGAAAUAUUUACAGGAAUAAACAUUGUUCUGUUCCCUGAAAUGUUUAUAUGAAUAAACAUUGUGAUGUAGGGUAAGAAUGCCUUUAAAAAAAUUGUAAAUUUUAUUAUCCCUGGGGUAGAGGUUCUGACCUAUGGGUUGGGUCAAAAUUUAUUAGCAUAUAGUGCAUAAGUGUAAAACAUUUAAACGAUAUCGUCGUUAUUGCUCUUGAUACUAAAAUGAAACGAAAUAGAUAUUUAGAAGGAGUAGGUCGACCAAAAUUGUAAAUUUCAUGAUUCCAGGGGGAAGCGGUUUUGUCUAAUUCUUUAUGUUUGCUGUUACGGUAUAAAACUAACUGCAUAUUUUGGAAAAGGAGGGAAGGAUGUAGCAAAAUGAUGAGUUUUGCAACUUUAGGGUUUUGACUUUAGAACAGGUCCAAAUUAGUCAUAUCGUGUUCAUGUUACAUAUAUUAUAUUAUGUAAAGCCUUUCAUUAAUAUAGGCACUUUCGAGAGCAUUUAAGGUUUAAGAACAUUAGUUUUAUACUGUUAUUAAAUGUUAGAAUCUUAGAUAUGCCCUUGACACUUGUGACUAAUUAUCAGGUGACCGAUAAGGUCUCUUGUAAAUUACUUGGUUUUCAUUUCAAACAAAUUAACCUUAUAUCAAAGUAUGUUCCUCUAUUCUUUUCUUUUAAGUCACCUUAGUCAAUCAUGUGACCUAUUAAUAUUGCUAUUGGUCGUCGUCCGUCAACGACUGGACAUUUCUAACAUCUUCAUAACUACAUAUGUACCCUUCCGAUUCUAUUUAACUACUGUGUGAAACAUCUUUGGUAGAAGUGGAGAGACAUGAAUUGUAAAUUUCAUGACUCUUCCACACAAACCGAUACCUAAGAGAGGAGACAAAAACGGCCAAAAAUGCACCAAUGUUCAAACCUUCCCUUCAUUAAAACCGCACACAUGAUAAACUCUAAAUGAUAUGUCAAGUCAAGCAGGAAUUUCUCGACCAAACUUGUAAAUUUCAUGAACCCCAGGUAGUGGUUCUGACUCCAGGGUGGGGCCAAACCUGGCAUAUAGUGUCUAUGUGUACGACAUUUAAAUACCAUUUUCUUUAAUGAUAUUGAUAUUAAAUUGACAAAAGGAACAGGUAGCUGUACACCAAGCUUGUUAAAUGUCAUGACCCCGGAGGUAGAGGGUUUGGUAACAGGAUGAAUCCAACUUAUUUAUAGUGAUUAAAUGUCUUUAUCAUUUGAAAGACGUAUUCAAUAAAUCUUAAAUGGAUAACAUUAUUUAGACAAAGCAGAAACUGAACUACCAAAAUUGAUUCUGACUAUAAAGAGGUUCUAAAAUGGUCAUAUAUAUAUAUAUAUAUAUAUAUAUAUAUAUAUAUAUGAAAUCUCUGUAUUAUAUUUUUGUAUAACAUGUAUAUAAUGAUAGGCGAAUAUAACGAAAAGUGAUCAAUCGCAUAACACCUAUAAGCAAAACAAAAUAGAGAGAUGAGCAAACACAGACCCCUGGGUAUAACAGAGGUAGGAUCAGGUGCCUAGGAGGAGUAAGCAUCCGCUGUCGACCGGUCACAUCCGCCGUGAGCCCUAUAUUUUGAUCAGGUAAACAGAGUUACAUGUAUCCAAUAUAUAAUAUCAGGGUUUCAUCAGUAUGGACACUUUCGGUGGCAUAUGUUUUCCCCUUAUUUUAUACUGUCGCUGAAUAAUAGAAUUAAGCCUAGGUUUCGUAGUCUUGGGGACUAGUGAUAUUUUAAAUUUAUACACAGGUGACUGAUAAUGCUGAGAGGCCUCUUGUAUACAAACAUACAGCAAUUUUUGUGAUUACGUGGGCUAAUUAAUCAAGACAACAUCAAAAAGUUCACGAAUCUUGCAUCAGAUUUACGUAUUACCUAUAAUGCAUCAGUGUGUCAAAUAAUGAGACACAUGAGUACUUAUGUAAGGCAUGAACAUUACUUCCGGCAAGUUUUAUUUCUCGCUGCAAUUUUCGUGAGGAGUUUUGCUUAAUAACUUGACGAGAAUCUCUUCCAGUUACGAAAGUGAACUAUUCAGAGAGGCAGACCUAAAUCACAGCAGUAAAACUACAUAGAGAAUAUGAACAUGUACCGUCCGUAUACGUUUCGUGCAAAUCAACAAGGCAAUUAUGUUACUACUAUUACAGUAAAUCCGAUACCGUGGUGAUAUGCGCAUGCUAUAUAAAAAUAUAAUAAUAGUCUUCAUUAAACCCGGUGCAUUGGGCUUAUAAGUCACUUUGACAUCACAAAUUUCAUUUAAAUGCUCAGAUAGAGUGUAUAAAAAUACGGGGCACUGCUGUCUUACUGAAUAGGAGAGAGUUCGGGAUUUGCAGUUAGCCUUUGGUUAUUUUUCUUGAAAGUUUCGAAAUUGUCAAUUACAUCUAUAUUUAUGUCUAAAUUCAUAGCAUGGAAGGCUGUUUGUCUGUUGGUUUUUUUUUUUUUUUUUAAAGAAUUCACAAAUAAGAUAAGAAAACAAUUUUUUUUCGCUCUCUGUUGAUCCGUCGUUACACAACACAUGGAAUUACAGUCCUUGACUUAUACGUAGACUAAAUGAUAGUAAAUACAGAAUUUACGACAUGAAAACAAACGUACACUUUGCAUUUACUGCCAACUAAUAAAUUCGUAGUUUACAACAUGGUAGUAGUCUAUAUCAGGUGAUCAGUCUGUCUGCUAUAAAUUUUAUUUUUAUAGAUCCCAAAAGUGCAGAGAUUUAGAGAUGGAUUGUUAAUUCAAUAACUUUCAUGUCCUAUAAUAAUUGAAACGAAGGAGAGAAUUCAAACAUUUUGUGUCACAGCAUACGCGAGAAGUGGUGUAAAUCAAAUGUGGAUUCUAAAAAUUCCAAAGAACGUUUAGUAAAUUUGAAAUCACAAAACUUUUCUAUAAUCAACAACAGAAAACCGACAGUGGCUAGUACGUAUUGUGAAUCAUAGUAAUAUUUACUGGUCUUUCACAGUUUAUCUGGAUCGAAAUGUUGUAAUAAUUGAUACUAAAAGGACACAAAGCGUGUUUCUAAACUUUUUCAUUUUUUCAGCAAAAUUAAUUCUUUUUAUGCCUUAAACAACUUUAAAUAUGUUUUAAUGAAAUAUUUUGCCUUGUUUUUGAGUUUGAAAGCAAUGAAAUUCAAAUUUUGUGAUAUGUAUAUUUACUUUCGCUAUUUUACGCGUCAUAUGCGCCCUCGGGUUUAAAAUUUCAUGAACAGAUUAGAUUUAGUCGACAAAAACCCAAUUAUCACGUUAACGGCUUGUAAAUAAUAAUUAAGGUGUAAUGUACCGUGUUAGGGUGUACUAGCUGUCGGUAGAAAGGAUUUAGACUGAGUAAUUUUCAAUUUUUCGAAGGAAGGUGUGAGAAAAAAGACAUGGAUAAUUUUUGUUGGAGCAAGAACUUUACCUUUGAAAAAACACCCAGUCACCUUUUCAAAAACCGUUUGGACAGAGACCCAGAUAAACUGCGAGAAAAUGAAUAUAUCGAAGCUAAGCACUACAUAAUUCUGUUCUGGUUUUCAAAAUUCAAAUCACACUCGGAUCAACUGACCUUCACCUUGUUACAACAUAUAACGUGUGCUCCCAGUUUCUACCAAAGGGUAGAUUAACAAAAAUUUCAAAGAUAUAAAAUGAUUGAACUUUUAAUUAUAAAUAACAGAAUAUUGUAUUUUCUAACUUUAAAUUGAAUUAUAAAAUUAUUUCUCCGUGGCCGAGUGGUUAGAGCAUUGCGCUCAAAAUCACACGGCUCUCACCUCUGUAAGUGAGAAAUUUUCCCAGUUUACUUUCGGAAGGUCGGUGGUCUCUUCCCAGGUACAUUGUAUCUGGGUUCUCUCUUCCACCAAUGGAAACUGGGCGCCACCAGAUAACUGAAUUUUUUUUAGUGUGGAGGAAAACAUCAAUCAAUCAUCAAUCAAUAUUUCUCAUUGAACUCGUAACAUCUGGAGUGCGUCAGUACAACGCCAUGCUCCACUUCAUAACGACGAGCAGAUCACAAUUCAAAAAUAAUAUUAAGAUUGCUUUAUCAAAAUAAAAUAAUAUGAUUUCCACUUUCAAUUUGAUUAUUUUUUUUGGAUUUGUGUGGUGUUUUUUUCUUCUUUUUUCUUUCCGAAAUGCACCCGUGACAGUAGCUUGACAUAGGAUCUAGUUGUCAACAACGUAGCGUAUUAUAAUUUGUCUAAUCCAAAAAAUAAAUAAUAAUUGCACUGUUUAUUUUAGAAAAACAGCGCCAAUUACAGUUGUAUAAAGGAAUAAUAUUACCAAAUGGUUUGUAAACAGCGAACCAUAUCAACAUUAUUUACUCGCAAUAUUGCCAAUUUCAUACUCGCUUUCCUUGCUAUAUUUGGGUAUUUACAUGUACAUCGCUAUUUGUAUGUACUGGUGGCAAAAACAUAUAAAACUCGGAAAUUUGGUCAAUAACGAUUUAAAUGUUGCCCAUGGUGAAUACAUAAGGCCCAUAAAAGCUGAGUUUUUAAUAAUAUCUCACACUACUUUCACAAUCAGUUGAUCGAAGAAGGGCGCAUGUGACGUCACUGUACCACGUGACUACAUUGUACCUAACUAAUUAACUAGACUUUUUUUUAAAUCGGGGCUCAGAUUUAAGUCUUUAUUGUGGUUAAUUAUCGCAAUAUUUCGGUGAACGAACUAUUAGAAUUAAUUACUAUAAGCACAAAGAAGACAAAAUGCAUGUAAUUUUGUAUACUUUGAUUUGUCCUUUAAGAGUCAUUCUCUGUAAGCAUCAAACUUUUUAUUAUAGGGGUGGAAAGGUACCAUCACCAAUUUUGCUGAAAUUUGGCAUAUAGUGAUUAUUUGAUACCCUCUCAUAGAAUUUGAUACCAAUAGAUAAAUUAUCUAAACCGGCUACUAGAGCUUACCAAACGAUUGCUUAGAAGAUCUCGUUUUGUAACACGUAGCUAUGAUGUAACGUCUUUCCUUCUUAUCUAUACUCUGAAACAGGGCCACUAAUUAAGUAAUAAAUAAAGUUAUCAUGUAAUUGCGCAAGUUCAGGUCAUGGAACAGCCUUGCACAAAAACAGAAUUUCAAAAGAAAAACAGCUUUUAAUUAAUAGACUUUAAAUAUGCUUGGAGGAUACAUUUUACGUAUAAAUAUAAAACAAAAAACGUGUACAUAAGUGUUCAAAGGAUUGAUACUGUGAACUGUCAACAUGGUAAGUGCUUGUAUGAUUAAUUCAAAAUUCUUUUCUAUCCGUUACUCUUCCUUUUCAUAUUGUCAUUUCAGAAGUUGUCUUUAAUAAUAAUAACGUAUUUUAGAGUAAAUAACAUAAAUAAUGGUUUUUAUUUUCUAAGAAAAUUAGAAAGAAGUACAACUUUUCUUUUUAUUCUUUUAAAUUGAAGCAAUUUUGAAUUGUAGAAUUCUUCUAAAUUUGUUUUGCUUUUGGUAACGUUGGUAAUUCUACAUCAACUAUACGGGUCAUGUGACGCACAGAAUGAAAGCAGAAAAGGACAGAGGCGUUCCAAACUGACCAGACGUCGCUUUGAUGAUCGGGAAGAUCGGAGGGGUGACGAUAGAUUUGACGAAAGAAGAGAGCGCGAGAGGGAAAGAGAUGACGGAAGAAGAAAUGACGAUUAAUAGUACUUGAGGAAAUAAUGCAUUGAGUAUUCAUAUGAGGAUACGUUUUUCUAUGCGAUUAGACAUUUAGGCUGUGAAUAUAAUGUAAAGCGUGUUUAAGUAUAUGUAAAAUAUUAUUCUUAUAAAUUACAGAAACAAAAUUUGUGUAAAAUGCUACAAUGUAACUGAAAUACUUUCGUAUAAUUUUGAGCGGUUUGUGUCUGAGAUGGUAGAAUACAACAGUCUACUUCACUGAUAUUGAAGUUGCUUGUAUUGAACUAUGCAUUAAAUUGAUGUAAAACUACAUCCCAAGUAAUGUUA